GGAGCCCUAGCCAGCUCGCCGAGAGCCCGAAACAGUCCAAUCCCAACACGGCGACGACGCCAGCGGAAAUCGCAUCGCCCUCUUCCUCUUUCCCUCGCUGUGCAAUCUCCCCCAAACUCCCCUCUCGAACCCUCGCUCUCGUCGCCAGAGCAAGCAAAGCGCAGUGGCAAGGAGAUGGAAUUGAUAAUCAGUUUAUGCGAAGCAUAAUGAUAAAGUUGUGACAUUGCAAUGUUAUUAUGCAGAAUAAUGAACUUGAAGAUCAGCUUCGCAAGUCCGCACAAUCCAAAGUCCCAUCAGAUCCCAGCAUAUGGCUUCAGAUGCGUGACAACUUUGAGAAGAUUAUUCUCAUAGAUCAUGACCUAUCUGAACAGAAAGAGGUAGAGUAUCUCCUAUGGAAGUUGCAUUACAAAAGAAUUGAGGACUUCAGGAGGAGCAUUAGUGCUGCAAGCUCAGCUGCAUCUCAGAGUGGGAAGAGCAACGCUAAUCCAGAUCGAGUCAAGAGAAUUAAAUUAACCUUCAAAAGCUUCCUUUCAGAAGCAACUGGCUUCUAUCACGACUUGAUGUUAAAGAUCAAAUCAAAUUUGGGCCUUCCACUCAGUUACUUUCCAGAGGGCAUCGACAAUGCAAACAACUCUGCGCGAGAUGACAAGACAACAGUGCAGUUGAAGAAAGGUUUGAUUUCAUGCCAUCGCUGCCUGAUAUAUUUGGGAGAUCUUGCUCGUUACAAGAGCUCGCAAGGUGAUGGUGAUUCUGCUAGCCGUGAAUACGCAGCGGCAUCUAGUUACUACAUGGAGGCUGCUUCUAUCUAUCCUUCCAGUGGCAACCCUCAUCAUCAGCUUGCUAUACUAGCAUCUUACUCAGGCAACGAGGUGGUAGCUGUUUAUAGGUACUUCCGAAGCUUAGCUGCAGAUACUCCUUUUACCACUGCACGUGACAACUUGAUUAUUCUUUUUGAAAAGAAUCGCCAAAGCUAUAGACAGCUGCCAGACAACAACAAAGUUCCCAGCGCUAAGGCAUUACCCCCACGGCUAUCUGGGAGGGGACAAGGACGGGGAGAAGUAAAGUUUCAGCCAAAAGAUGUUAACGCAGAAGCAGCUGAAAGGGAACAGGAGUGCAAUGUUCGUGAUACAUUGAAGGCCUUCUAUAUACGAUUUGUCAGGCUCACUGGAAUUCUUUUCACGAGGACCAGUUUGGAAACAUUUGGGGAGCUGUUUUCUUCAGUUAGCAAUGAUUUGCAGAUUCUUCUUUCUUCCGGUCUUGAGGAGGACCUUAAUUUCGGUUCUGAUGCUGCAGAAAAUGCAUUAGCUGCUGUUAGGCUUACUAUCAUCCUUAUAUUCACAGUGCACAAUGUAAAUAAAGAACCUGAUAGCCAGUCAUAUUCUGAACUUGUGCAACGCAGAGUACUGCUCCAAAGUGCGUUUACGGCUGCUUUUGAUUUUGUUGGACGAAUUCUCAGAAGGUGUUCAGAACUUGGUGAUAUCACAUCAAGCUUCUAUCUGCCAGCCAUUCUGGUCUACAUCGAAUGGCUGGCGUCCCAUCCAGAGUUGGCUAUUGACUCAGAGAUGGAGGAACAGCAUGCAAAUGCCAGAUCUUUCUUCUGGAACCAAUGUAUCUCAUUUAUGAAUAAGUUGAUCCUUACCAACCUUGCUUCUAUGGAGGACAAUGACGAUGAGGCUUGCUUUUCUAAUAUGAGCAUUUAUGAGGAGGGUGAAACUGGGAACAGGCUUGCCAUUUGGGAAGAUCUUGAAUUGAGAGGUUUUUUGCCCUUGGUUCCUGCACAUACCAUUUUGGAUUUCUCAAGCAAACACACAUUUGGAAAUGUUGGAAGCACCAAGGAGAAGAAAGCACGGGUUCAACGAAUUUUUGCUGCAGGAAAGUCACUGCUGAACUUUGUUCAGAUUGAUCAGUUGAGGAUAUAUUUUGAUCCAUCUUUGAAAAAGUUUGUCUUGGCCAAGAACUCUCCUGUUUCUAGAACUAACACCCCUCUUCAUGAAUCUCCUGAUGCACUUAAAACAAAUGGGACUGAAAUGGAUCACAAGGCUGCUAGAAGAUUUGAUUCAGUUUCUUCUAAUGUGGGCUCACUGCAGUCUAAAGUGCAGUUUUGUCCUGAUGGUGAUGAUGAAGAAGAAAUUGUUUUCAAGCCAACAGCUUAUGAGAAGUUUUCAAAAGUUUCUUCAGAUCUGUCAGUUAAUGGAUACGUCCAUCCUGUACCAGUGUCUGCUGCUGGUGGGCCAACCAAUGCUAGUUUAGUGCCUGUUCAGAACACUGCAUCAAUGUCUGCAACUCGUUUACCAUCCAAUCCACAUGCAACUGGUUUGCCAUCCAAUGGUGGGUCACUUCCAAGUACUGCAUCUCUAUCAGCUGCUGGUAAUUACAACACUGAUCAGUCGCUUCCCAGGUCGUCUGUUGGUUGGACUGAUUGGGCUGUCAAUAGUGAGCAAAAUGUUACUCCUAGCAUUGCUCCAAGAUUUGAACUCAUGCAGUCUGUUGAGGAGCCUGUUUCCAGCUGGACAAGCAGUGGGGCACAGCAUGUUGGUCCUCAGCACAAGCACACAGGUUUAACUUUCCCAGAUGUUGUCUCUGAACCAUGUGUAUCUGCAUCAAUGGUUCAAUGUUUUAGUAGCUCCGAUUAUUCGAAAUUUCUCAGAGAACAAGAAAUAUUCUUAAUGAAUGGACUGAAGACUGUCAACAUAACUGGAAAUGGCUAUCUAGAGCAGAGAUUGCAGCCUGGAUUGAGUGGUUUACAGUCUAUGGGUUAUUCAUCUCAGAUACCUAUUCAACCUGGUGGUACCACUGCAAACCUGAUGCAUAAUCAUGUCAAAAUUACUGGAGAGACUGUCCCCUCUACACUUGAUUCAGUUGUACCUUCAAUAGCACCAUCAGGUGGCAUGCCAAUCAAACUUACAGAAGCACCACUAACUGCUUCGAAGAAGAACCCUGUUAGUCGUCCAUCAAAGCCUGUUGGACCACCUCCAGGAUUUAAUCAUGUAACCCCAAAGCGUCAAGAUGAUUCUAUUCCGGUUGAAAAACUGCAGAACCCACAGGUCGAUGAUUACAGCUGGCUAGAUAGCUAUCAGCAAUCGAUUGAUCAUGUUCACAGCUUAAGAACUAUUUAUCCUGGUGUCAGUGAUACUAGCACUGCAUUUGCCACUCCAUUCUCUUUCCCUGGGAGGAUACACACACAAGGGACCAAUGAAAAGACUUGGCAAGAUUUCCACCUUUUUGAGCCUUCAAAACAGAACAUGUUCCAAACUUACCACCAAAGAAAUCUGCAAAGUGGUCAAAUGGAUGAACAAGAGCCAGCAAAUUCUAUCUGGUCUAGCAGUUACCAUGUGUGAUUUGGUAACUUUUACCAGGAUGAUUGCUGGAGUUUCUGGGGACAGACUAUUGGAUUAAGUGGCACGACCUGAUCUAUUGAGCUUAGCCCAUACCUGCAGCACUUAGUGUUAAAUUUCUUUUGAGAAUGGUAGUCUUUCAAGCAUGACAAUGGCUGCUGUUAAGUUUGGGAGUGCCGCCAUCUUUUGGGCCAAAGAUGGGGUAGAGGAUGAUUGAUCUGUCGGCAGUCUGAUGGCGAUGAAUUAAUACGAGGUCUUCAAUGCUGACAGAAAGGGUUAAUGAAACAAACUUGAAUCCAGUGAUUAUAGGCACUCCGCACGGACCACAUGAUUCAUCUCUCACUGGACAUAUUGCUACCACAAGAAGCGGACGGUUGCUGCCGCAACUAAAACAUGCCGUGUGGAUGUCAGUUUUCAGUUGGCCUAUGCCAUCCAGAGAGUAAAAAGUGAGGAUCAACGAGCAUGUUGCCGAGUAGUUUCUCAAGUAUAAAUUACUGCGUCUACUUGCUCCUUCGCUUUGGGAACAAUGUAUCAGGUUGUAAGUUGCAAUUAAAUGUUUGGAACAGUUUGUCAUGGUAAUUGUGUGGCUCCUAUAUGGCUAUAUUGUUCUCUGUAAUUGUAUGGACCAACCCUAAGUGUUACAUACAAACAUCUUUGAUUUGACUCAAUAUCUUGUUCUUCAUCCGUU